AAAUCACUCCAUGUGUGACAACUGAAAUCUUCAUGACAUAAUGUUGAUGCUGGUGAAAGAGGAGCUUGAGAAGAUGACAGAUCCACAACCAUGCAGAAUAAAGGAAGAAGAUGUUGAGGAACAAAUAGUUCACACCCAUAGAGUGAAAGUAAUUGAGACCUUCAGUGAAGCUCCUCCUACAACAAUCCACCAAUAAAUGCUGGAGUCAAACACACAGAGAAAUCACUCCAUGUGUGACAACUGAAAUCUUCAUGACAUAAUGUUGAUGCUGGUGAAAGAGGAGCUUGAGAAGAUGACAGAUCCACAACCAUGCAGAAUAAAGGAUGAAGAUACUGAGGAACAAAUAGAUAUGAUGGAAGUGAAAGAGGAGAGUCAAGCUGAAGUGGAUGAGAAACAUCAGAUUGGAAAAAUAAAUCAUAAUGUUUCACAGAAAGAAACUCUGAAGACAGAAGAAAUAAAGUGUGAAAAUAGUUUCAUAGAAGAUGAACGUCCUGCAGAUCACAAGAGGACUCACAGUGAAGAGAAACCUUUCACAUGUCAACAGUGUGGAAAGAGUUUUAGAACAAAAGAUAACCUUAAAACACACAUGAGGAUUCACACUGGAGAGAAACCUUACACGUGUCAACUAUGUGAAAAGAGUUUUACAGCUUCAGGUAACCUUAAGAUACACAUGAGGUCUCACACUGGAGAAAAACCUUACAGUUGUCAACAAUGUGGAAAGAGUUUCUCUGUUGAAGGAAAUCUUAAGAUACACACAAGGAUUCACACUGGAGAAAAACCAUUUACAUGUCAUGAGUGUGAAAAGAGUUUCAGAAUUAAAUUUAGCCUUAUAACACACAUGAGAUUUCACAAAGGAGAGAAACCUCACGUGUGUCUUCAGUGUGGAAAGAGUUUCAGUGAUAAACGUGGACUUGAGACUCACAUUAGACUUCACACUGGAGAGAAACCUUUCAGAUGUAAACAGUGUGGAAAGAGUUUUACCUUUCAAUCAGGCUUUAGCCGGCACAAAAAAGCUCACAGGGGGGGAAAGUCACAUCCGUGCCAGCAUUGUGAAAAGAGUUUCCGAGAUAAAAGUAACCUUAAGAUACACAUUAGAGUUCAUACUGGAGAGAAACCUUACACUUGUCUUCAGUGUGGAAAGAGAUUCAGCAUAAAAGUUAACCUUAAAGCACACAUGAGGAUUCACACUGAAAAGAAAAGACACCCAUGCCAUCAUUGUGAAAAGAGUUUCAGUGAUGAACGUAGACUUGAGACUCACAUGAGGAUUCACACUGGAGAGAAACCUUUCAGAUGUCAACAGUGUGGAAAGAGUUUUACCUUUAAUUCAGGCCUUAGCCGGCACAAGAAAGCUCACAGGGGGGAAAUGUUAUAUACAUGCCAGCAUUGUGACAAGAGUUUCCCAGAUAAAAGUCAACUUAAGAUACACAUUAGAGUUCAUUCUGGAGAGAAACUUUACACUUGUCUUCAGUGUGGAAAGAGUUUCAGAGAUGAAAGUCAACUCAAGAUACACAUUAGGGUUCACACUGGAGAGAAGCCAUUCUCAUGUAAACAGUGUGGAAAGAGUUUCAGAACAAAAGUUAACCUUAACGCACACAUGAGGAUUCACAAUAAAAAGAAAAGACACCCAUGCCAUCACUGUGAAAAGAGUUUUACAGCUCCAAGUAACCUUAAGAUACACAUGAGGUCUCACACCGGAGAGAAACCUUACAUUUGUCAACAGUGUGGAAAGAGUUUCUCUAUUGAAAGUAACCUUAAGAUACACACAAGGAUUCACACUGGAGAGAAACCGUUCACAUGCCAUGAGUGUAAAAAAUGUUUCAGAAUUAAAUGUAACCUUAUAGCACACAUGAAAACUCACAAAGGAGAGAAAGGCACUAAAUAACUGUUUUUAAAUAACAAAACUGAUGUAUAUUACAUUUACAAAAAACUACAUAGAAUUAAGUACAUGCAUGCAUAAAACGACUAACAUUGCUAGCUGAACAUUCAUUACUUUCUACCACAAGAAUUUUGUAUAUACAUGUCAUCAGAAAGAGAAAGUGUUUUCUCAUUUAUUUUACCCAUGUAAAAGUUUUUAAAGCAUUACUGUUCUUACUAUAAGUUUAUAAAUGGUGGUUUAUUUCAAUUCCAAAUUAAAAUGCUACAACACUCAUAAUGCAAAUGCAAUUAAAACUGAAGUUCACCUGCUUGAAGUCUAAGGGGUUGUGCACACCAAAACUUUUAAACACGGCUGAAAACGCCUGGACAACGCUGCCUGAAUCCCAGCUGUUUUUCAGCUGAGUGCCAGCUUUCUUCAGCUAAGUGGUUUGGUAGCUCUGAUACGUCAGCUGUCAGACGGUUGGUUGCUGUAAUACUUGUCCCACCCCUCCUCCACUGUAAUUGGACAGACGCGUGAGAAUUGACAUUGACGAGCGGAGCUUUUCAUCCAAAGUUGAAUAUUUUUCAACGCUAGGCGCUGAAAAACCACCGGGCGGCGGUUUUCAGCGUGGAAGAAAACCGCUAGCUGCUGGCUUAUUUGAAAACCGCUGAGCUUUCAUUGGAAACAAUUGAAAACAUGCGCCGGCCGCUGGCGACACCGAAAGUCCACAAGAAGUGCGCCAUUUGGGACAAGGCCAAUGUGCGUUCUUGUCUGUACUUGUGUUCUUGUGGACUUGUGAAACGUAAUCAGUCAUGGCCCAGUACUGUUCCAAUUCCAAGUUCAAUCAAGCCAAGUUCACAUAACAUCUCAGGAUGUGUUCUUGAUCCACUCAUUUUAUCGAGGAUGCAUCAGAAGGUGACUUGUGUGGAAUUACGACAGCCAAGUUUCUCAGAAUGCAUUUCACGCCAACGGCAGUGGAGCUUAAAACCGGCACAAUAUACGAAAUAUUACUCUUUCAUAAAAUGUAGCCGUUUAUUUGAGAAUAUAGAUGAAUAAACUUUAAAUUUGUGGUCAGUUAGUAAAGAUAGCGCCUAUAUUAACAUUUUCUCUGACGAUUUCGGAUAUGUGAGUUCAAGCUGAUCAGCAGGUGGUCAGUGUUGUGUACACCGCCGAGGGCAGAUUUAUCUCUUGGCAAGUCCUUCUGAAAUUUGCUCUGCCUAACCUGCUCUGCGCUUCAGUCUCUGAUGGUCAAACAUGAAAUAUUCUCUCUGGAUAUAUCUAACUGGCAUUUUUUGGUCUCAUCAAUUUAUUUCUCUUUAUUAUUCAUUUGAAGUCUGUUAUUUGUUAUUAUCGUUUUAACUGAUGUUAAAGUUAAGUUUCAUAACUUAAAUCACAUAUAUUUUCUAUAGAACCUUAACACUGAAUUACUGCCUUUGUACUUCAACCUUUUUUACCUGUGUUUACUUCAUGUUGUACAAAAGUUUUGUACUUUUAAAUGAAUGGUUGUGUUUAAUAUCAUAUUUCAUUUUCUAAUAAAUGCAUUAAUCGGCGUACGUGUUGCCUGAACCACAUAUUCAUAUUUUUUAUACAAAAACAAGCAAGGUUUUUGCAUUUUAUAUAUUUUGUUUUAUACGGUUUAAUUACAAAUCUGAGAGCACGGAUUGUUAACUCGUGCGUACGGUUUAUAAACUGAGGGGAUGAAUUACAACACCGUGAUCACGGAUUGUUUUCUUUUUUCCAAGGGGUGACUAGG